CCCUCGUCACAGUCGCCGUCGUCCCUGUCGUCGGCGGCGCGGCCGCAACAAUGCUGGGUGGCGGCGGGGCCAUGCCGCUCGAACAGAGACUCCCACUCCGACCAGAGCGUUCUAGUGGGGUCCCAGAGAGGCUGGGAAGAGCGGCGCCGGCGGUUGAGGCGAACGGCGUGUGCGGAACAUCCAAAGAGAUGAGGAGUUCAGAGGAUGAUUCUGCUCCAUCGGCAGGUUUCAACUCGGAUGGUCCGUGCCCCUCCGCUUCUCCUUUCCAUACCAGCCACCCACCUCCUCCUUUGCAAAUCCUGUUCGCCACCUCUGCCGCCUCCGAAGGCCAAGCCCGUCGGUGCCGCGGGCUUACCACCAUACCCCACAGUCGACGCCACCGGACCCGAGUCACGACGAGCUAGGCAAAAUGGAAACCGCGUUCCUCGCCUCGACACUGUCGUUGUUUCUCAAUGCCCGAGCUACCAAUUCGAUCGAAGGGUUGAUGAUUCCAAGUACUUCUUUGUACUGAAAGCUUUUAAAUGCUCCACUUAAAAUUAGGAUGGGUCUCCAUCCGGGCUUCCUCAACAUAUCUAUUUAAAUAUUCUUCCUCCUUUUAGUUUCAUAUAUGUAUCCUAUAUAAGGUUUUCCUGAUAUAUUUACAUUCUACUUAUUCUAGUUCAAAAAGGCCGGAUCAUCCCCCCUGAAAAUUGAAUCCAGGUUUGCUCUCUGCAGUUCGCACUUCCUGGUGCCUGGUGAUUUUCUUCCUCCAUGCCUGUUAGUUAGGAUCUGCACGGCACGCUUCUUUUGAUUUAUAUAGGAAGAGGCUGUUAGUUAGGAUCACGAAAAUGUCUCGCGAAAUCUUUAUGCUAGAUCUAUUGGAGUGGCUGAUGAGCGUAGACUUGAAUAAUCACUUAGGGGCUGUUUGCUUUGAGCUCUGGAAAAGCUUCUGCCUUGUAACCUCCUGUCCUGCCAGUCGCAACCUCCACUUUGUACAGAAUUUUGCUUUGUAAUUAUCCACACUGCGUCGCAACCUCCGCUUAUCUUGUCUGUUUCUGAUGGCUCUGCUGUUUACAUAACACAGCUAAUGAGACAAGGAAGCAAAAUUGUUUUACAAAUCAUCGCAAUAUAUGUAGCUCGACUGCUAUACUCCAUUUUGUUACUUUCGAAUGUGUCCUAUUCUUAACUUUACCUAUCCCUUAGCUUGUUCCCCGUGCCUGUCGCUUGAUGCUUGAUUUGCUUUCUUCGCUGUUUCUAGAGAAGAGUAUCGAUUGCUUGCAGCACAAAUCUUUCUGUGUGUUCCAGGAAAAAAGAAUAUAUGUUGCUAUCCUCUUCUCUCCUCCGUCCCUACCCCAUUCGACUCCUUUCUUCCUGUACUGUGCAAUAAUUGCUAGCUACUUUUAAGAGCAUACUUAGCCCGAGAUGAUGGGGGUGGCGGUGGACGCAGCGAUAGGAUGGCUGGUGCAAAGCAUCAUGGGGAACUGCUUCACUGAAAAGUUGGAGGUGUGGACUCGCUCGGUUGGGCUCGAUGAUGAUGUGGAGAAGCUCAAGUCAGCCAUGAGGUAUGUCCAGAUGGUGCUUGAUGCUGCCAAUGGAAGGAAGAUCAAGAGUGAGCCUCUGGAGUAUUCUCUGGGUGAUCUCAAAGAGCUUCUGUACGAUGCUGAGGAUGUGAUGGACGAGCUCGAUUAUUGCCGCCUCCAAGAAAAUAUCACAAAUCGCAAUACUGGGGGUCAUACAGAUGCUGCUGCACGCAUUGACGGAACUUCAUCCACAUGGUCAUUAAGUUCCAUUCAGCAACUUGGAAGCACAUUAAUUAGCAGUCUUGGUAAGUUCAUCUUCAAGGGCAACUUGACGGGAAAACAGAAAAGGGAAGAUGACCACAUCAUUGCUGUCAGCACACACCUUGGCAACAAUUGUGAGUUUUCUCGCAGGAUAAGGCACAUCGCUGGUAAACUAAGAGAUGUUGGUCGUGAUGUCAGUGACGCUUUGAAAAUAGAUGGAUCAAACUUAGUUGGAUCUCUGAAUGUAUGUCGGAGUACACUACAGGCCACGCGCCCAACAACGUCUUAUCUUGUUGAACAUAAAGUGUAUGGACGGGACUCAGAGAAGGAAUACAUCCUAAAGCUGAUGACAAGCAAUGGAUCUAAUGGCUUAACAGUGCUACCGAUUGUAGGUAUUGGAGGGGUAGGGAAGACAACUUUGGCCCAGUUUGUUUACAAUGAUCCGAUAGUUAGAAGAAAAUAUGAUAUCAAGAUAUGGGUUUGUGUCUCUGAUAACUUUGAUGUAACUAGGUUGACAAGGGAGAUGUUAGACUGUGUCUCUAAACAAAGGCUAGCAGAAACAGGCAACUUGGACAAGCUUCAGGAGGAUCUAGAGAAAGUUAUAGGAUCUAAGAGAUUCCUAAUUGUCUUGGAUGAUGUCUGGGAUGACAUGAACAAUCACUGUUGGGAUCAACUGUUAGCUCCUCUAAAACAUAAUCAGGCAGUGGGUAAUACGAUAUUAGUCACAACUCGAAAGUUGUCUGUUGCAAAAAUGACCCAAACAGUUGAACCAGUCAAGUUAGGUGCUUUGGAAGGGGAUGACUUCUGGCAAUUUUUUAAAUCAUGUGCAUUUGAUGAUGAGAGAUAUGAGCAUCCAAGUCUGUACGCUAUUGGGAAGCAAAUAGCUCAAAAGUUGAGGGGGAACCCAUUGGCAGCAAAAACUGUAGGUGCGUUAUUAAGAAGAAAUAUUAACAUUGAUGAGUGGACUAACAUUCUAAACAAUGAAGAAUGGAAAUUUAUACAGGCGACCGAAGGCAUCAUACCUGCUUUGAAGCUCAGUUAUGAUUACCUACCUGACCACCUGCAACAAUGCUUUAGGUAUUGUUGCCUGUUCCCCAAGGAUUAUCACUUCAAUGGAGGAGAGUUAGUAAGAAUUUGGAUAUCACAAGGAUUUGUGAACGGUAGCCAUACUACUAAAACCCUAGAGAAUAUAGGAAAUGUAUAUUUGGUUGAUUUGGUGAACUCAGGCUUCUUCCAACAAGUUGAAAGGUACUGGUAUCCGGGGAACUCAGGCUUUUUUCAGCACAACAAAAGGGACUGGCAUUCAUCAAGUUUUGUCAUGCAUGAUCUUAUGCAUGAUUUGGCACGGAAGGUUUCGAAAGGUGAACAUGCCACUAUAGAUGGCUCGGAAUGUGAAGCAAUCUUGCCAACUACGCGGCAUUUGUUAAUAGUAAUUAACUCUGCAUACUUUGGAAAACGUCGACAUGGGAAUGCAUUUUCUAUUGAGAAUUUUGCAAAGCAGUUGCAAGUUGCAUCAGUGAGAAAGUUAAGAUCCUUGGUAUUAAUUGGCUAUUAUGACCCUCUGUUUUUCAAAUGCUUCAAGAAUAUAUUUAAAGAAGCGGAAAGUUUACGUUUGCUGCAAAUCUCUGCAACUUAUGCUGAUUUUAGCAGUUUCAUCAACAAUUUAGUCAGUUGCACACAUAUUCGUUAUAUGAAGGUGCACUUUUAUGAACAACAAGUUGGCAUUCUUCCUCAAUCUUUGACCAAUUUUUUCCAUCUAAAAGUAUUAGAUGUGGGUUUUUUGGGAAAUCCGAGUCUGCCUAGUGGUAUGAGCAACCUCAAAAACUCGGCCGGGUGGGGAAAGACUGCCCCACCGGUAUUAACUUAAGAAGAAGCCUCGGCUUCCCCGACCGAGAAAAUCCUCGAACCCUGGCCCCGCCCUGACACUGGGAGACG